AUGUGUUUCUCGGGCGGUCUCGCUUUUUCCGGGACAUGCAACGACGUUUACAGCAGGAACGAUUUCCCGGAGGGAUUUGUAUUCGGAUCUGCUUUUUCUGCUUUUCAGUGGGAAGGAGCUGUUGAUGAAGACGGAAGGAAGCCUAGCAUCUGGGAUACAUACGUUCACUCUCAUGCUGGACCUACCGGAGAUGUAGCUUGUGAUGGGUAUCAUAAAUAUAAGGAAGACGUAAGGCUGAUGUAUGACAUGGGUUUACGUGCAUUUCGACUAUCCAUCUCGUGGCCGCGGCUUAUACCAAAUGGAAGAGGCCCGGUGAAUCCAAAGGGGUUACGGUUCUAUAAAAACCUCAUAAAUGAGCUCACAAGACAUGGAAUUGAACCACAUGUUACGUUGCAUCACAAUGAUCUCCCGCAGACUCUUGAAGAUGAAUACGGAGGAUGGAUAAACCCCAAAAUCAUCGAUGACUUCACAGCUUUUGCAGAUGUUUGCUUCAAAGAAUUUGGUAGCUCAGUGAAAUUUUGGACGACAAUUAAUGAGCCUAAUAUGUUAGCAUGGGGAGGUAUAACGUGUUUUGCAUACUGGAUGGUUCCAUUUACUAGCUCUGUAGAGGAUGAGAUCGCAACUCAGAGAGUCAAAGACUUUUAUAUAGGCUGGGUUCUGAACCCACUUGUGUUUGGGGAUUAUCCUGACGUGAUGAAGAGAAUCGCUGGAAAAAGAUUGCCAAGUUUUUCCGAAGAAGAAUCAGAUCUCGUUAAAGACUCAUUCGACUUCUUGGGACUCAUACACUACACAGCAAUGUCCAUCGAACACUUAUCCAUUUCCCGCCAAGGAGAUUAUUUUUCAGACAUUAAUGCUACAAUGAACCCCUAUGGGAAUUCUUCAUUGGAGGAGUUUGAAGUGCUUCCAUGGGGUCUUGAAGGAGUGUUGGAAUACAUAAAACAAAACUAUGGCAAUCCUCCGGUCUACAUUCUUGAAAACGGUCGACCUACCAACCACCAUUCAUCGCUUCACGAUGUGGAAAGAGUUGAAUACCUUCAUGCUUAUAUCGCUGCCGUGCUCAAUUCAGUGAGGAAUGGGUCAGAUACAAGAGGCUACUUCCAAUGGUCGUUUAUGGAUUUGUACGAGUUUCUCAAUUACAAUUACACCUAUGGAUUAUACCAUGUGAAUUUCACCGAUCCGGAACGUAAAAGAUCUCCAAAAACCUCUGCUCUAUGGUACUCGGCUUUAUUGAAAGGGUCGACCGUUAGUUCACAAGUGCCCAAGAACCUCUCGGUGUCUUCUUCUCCUGGUUUUGCUUAUCAGUAAAAGAGAAAUUUGAUAAGAAAUUUGCUUAUUAUUCAACGAGAGGAGAUUAGGGACGUGCGUAAAUAAAAAUAAACAAAAGUAUUAAUGUCCCUUGUAUUAUCUGUUUGUGACUUUUGUCGAGUCUUGGUGUCUAUGUUCGAUUUCUCUCGAGUUUUGUGUGGUUUCAAUAUGAUAUCUUUUGUGCACCAAAUUGUUUCCAAUCGGAUUGUAUUUAACGUUUACGUUUUACGUUUUGUUAUGGUUUAUAAUUAUAUACUAUUCAAUUAGGAGAUGUGAUAUAUCUUUAGUUCUUUUCUAACACAUGAGCUUAGAUUGCCCAUAAUUAUGGAGUAAGAGGACCUAUUUAGUUA